AUGGACAUUUCAAAGUUUCUCGCUGAUGACUUUGAUCCGACGAAUUGGAUUAAUGAAAUGUUGUCAUCCUCAUCAUUGUUGGGAAACACGAGUUCGGAUCAAGUGAUUUCGGGAGGAAACACUCGUCCUUCAACACCGCCUCUAACCUCUCUCAAUGUACCAUCCAUGACGACGGAUAUGAGUUAUCAGGUGAAUCAAAUCAUGUUGAAAUUACAAGUAUUAUUCUCGGAUUUGGGAUCAUAUAUGGAACAAGAAGUAAAGACAUCUAUUCAGAAAAUUCCUAAUGCCUUGUUUGAAAUUGAAAAGAUGCAGGAUCAAACCAUUAAUUUAUUUGUUGCUGUAACGAGUCUUUAUAAGAAGAUUGAAAACAUUGAUUCGGAAUGUUAUGAAGGAAACAAACAUUUUGAAACAUUGAAACAAUUGGUACAACUCAAGAUGGCUCUCUCUUCUAUCUUGUUAACUUUGGAACAAUCUAAAUCGCUGACAAAAUCCAUGCAGCAAUUGGAUUUAUUAUUCCGAGAUCGUGCUUCCAACGUUUCACUUCAUCCCACUCAUUCUGGAUCAACUAUUUCCUCUCUCCAAACAAUGUAUCUUCGUCAUCUGGCUCUGGAGCUAAAUCUCCAAUAG